UUUGUGCUCCGUAUUGGCUCCGUAGAUUGGCAACAAUCAAAAAAUGGGGAAAAGAAUCAGCUGUUCAAAAGUUCCUAAAUAUUUACUAAUUUUGAAGCGUCUCCGUCUCAUCGCUGGAAAUUUUGUUGUAGAUUUGCUGGAAUUUCAUAAAUCUUGCAGAUUCAAGAUAGCCAUGGAUCCAACUCAAACGAAGAAUAUUUUUCUCUUCAUCCCUAAUUUGAUCGGUUAUUCUAGAAUAAUUCUAGCACUGAUUUCGUUCUACUUCAUGCCCCAUAACCAUGUUGUCGCUUGCUUUUGCUAUGUGUUUAGCGCUUUAUUGGAUGCAUUUGAUGGUCACGCAGCGAGAAUUUUCAACCAAAGUACGAGAUUUGGUGGUAUGUUGGACCAAUUGACGGAUCGUUGUGGAACAACUGGAUUGCUCGUUACGUUAUGCGUAUUUUAUCCGAAAUAUAUGUUUUUCUUCCAGCUGAGUAUUGCUAUUGAUAUAGCUUGUCACUGGAUAUUCCUUCAUACAUCCGUACUUCAAGGAAGAAGUAGUCAUAAAUUUAUUGAUCUUUCUUCUAAUCCCAUUAUGCAGAUUUAUUACUCAAACAAAAUGGUUUUGUUUUCAAUGUGUUGCGGCAACGAAGCAUUCUACGCUUCACUUUACCUUUUACAUUUCACUUCAGGCCCUCUAAUUGGAGGUAUUGGAUUAUUCAAGCUUGCGGCGUGGUUAUCUGCUCCUGUUGCCCUCGUGAAAACUAUUCUGUCGCUUGUUCAUGGAUAUGUAGCUUGCCAAAAUCUUGCCAUUAUUGAUACCAAAGAAAGGGAACAGUUGAUGAAAAAAGAAGGUUAAUAUAUUGAAAAUCAAAUUUUUCCUUCCACUAUUUGUAUUUCAGUUUAGAUUUAUACGACAUAGGUACAUGAAGGAGUAUCUAUUUAAGUUGCAUUUUUCUGCAUCACAUUUGAUUUCUCUUGAAGAUUUCAGCAUUCCUCUAAGUGAAUUUAAUUACUCGUAUUUUCAGUUCAUAAAUAAUGACAUUCUUGAAUCACUCAUUUCUAGUCAUCAAUGAUUUUUGAAACAAGUGAAUUGAGAAUUUUAGAUUUACUACAUUCCAAUUUACGGUUAGGGAUUUAGUUUUUUUUUCAUCUAAUAGAGAUGAGAAAAUGCAUUAUUUUUUUAGUCCAGCACUAUGUUUCAGUCAUCUGAAAUUAGGUUAUUUAUCAACUUAGACAGUGCUCGGACAACAAUAAAUUUUUGGAAUAUGAUCUGCGAAUAUGAAUGUUACCCUCACAUUUCCAAUGUGUUAAUAUUAUUGUUAUAAUAUUGGUUGUUUUCAUUUUGACGUAAGAUAAUUGUAUUAAUUUCAAGUCUAGUCAUAUUUUAUAAGCAUACAUAGUAUUGAAGUUAAGAUAUCAAAUUUUCCUUUAUAAUUCCUACUCUUUAUGAAACACUAAUAAAAAAAUAAUUUCAAA